AACAGAGGUUUAAUAAGUUGAUUAAAGUGGAUAUUUAUAUGGGUUGAGGAAGCAGUUGGGGAUUACUGAACACUGGGUGUAUUUGGUAUGCGAUCCCAGGGGGUGGGAAGCCUUUGAUACCAAGAGAAAGAAAUGGAUGGUGCUGCCAAAGAUACCCUGUGAUGAAUGUUUUAACCAUGCAGAUAAGGAGUCCUUGGCUGUUGGGAGUGAAUUGCUGGUUUUUGGGCGUGAAUUAUUUGAGUUUGCAAUUUGGAAGUAUAGUUUGAUUCAUCGUGGUUGGAUCAAGUGCGAGGGAAUGCACCAUCCUCGCUGUUUGUUUGGAUCAGGUAGUAUUGGUUCUAUAGCUAUUGUUGCAGGAGGGAGUGAUAAGAAUGGGAAUGUUUUGAAGUCUGCAGAGUUGUAUGAUUCUACAUCAGGUACAUGGGAAAUGUUACCUAACAUGCACUCGCAUCGUAGGCUGUGCUCUGGUUUUUUUAUGGAUGGCAAAUUCUACGUUAUUGGUGGGAUGUCAAGUCCUACCACAUCUUUGACCUGUGGAGAGGAGUUUGAUUUAGAGACGAGGAAAUGGAGGAAAAUUGAGGGAAUGUAUCCAAAUGUUAAUAAGGCUGCUCAGGCUCCCCCUCUUGUGGCAGUUGUGGAUAACCAGCUAUAUGCACUUGAAUACCUUACCAACAUGGUGAAAAAGUAUGACAAGGAGAAGAACACAUGGCAUGUGCUGGGAAGACUUCCAGUCAGAGCUGAUUCAUCGAAUGGCUGGGGCCUGGCAUUUAAGGCUUGUGGGGAGGAACUUCUUGUUGUUGGUGGGCAACGUGGUCCUGAAGGCGAAGCUAUUGUGCUGAACUCUUGGUGUCCAAAGUCAGGGAUCAAAGAUGGCACCUUAGAUUGGAAGGUCCUCGGGGUGAAGGAGAAUAUUGGUGUGUUUGUAUACAAUUGUGCAGUCAUGGGUUGUUGAGGAUACGUUUAGAUUGACUACAGGAGGUACGGGCAUCUACAACAUGAUCUUGCUUUUUAGGAUGCUUCCCUGCAUAUUUUCUCUGAUUGACUAGGAUUAAUUUUCAACUGAUAGAUCCUUUUGAAGCUGGGAUUAGGAAUCCUUCACUUAACGUGGCUGUAUUUGAUCGUGUGUCCAACUUCUGAUUCUGCAGUUUUAUUUGCUUUUGAUAGUACUUUGAGGUCACUCUGAGAAAUGUUCUGUUCUCUUAUCUUGUUCUUCAACCAUUUCUGAUCCCAGCCAACUAUUUACACCAAUAAAUUGAAAGGUCGUAUUCUUUUACAUAUGCUUUCUCUUUCAUUCUUUUUUGCUUUGGUGCUGUAUGAUUUUAUUUUGUAUACCAGGGAAAAUAAAGUACUUCUACUUGGGGAAUUAACAAAAUUAAUCUCUUUAGGGCAAGAGAAUGGUUGUAUCUCAUUGUUAGUUGAUUACUAACAGAUAACUGAUCUAUACCAGUUUAAAAUGCUGCUAUGUUUUUGUAUUAAUAUGGAUUUUUCAUCGAAGCAACAAGCAAUUAUUUUGUACAACAGUA